UUUUUUUUUGCUACAUUAUCAUUUAUGGCAAGUGCCUUAUAUAAGCCACUGAAUAAACAAAGUGCAGCAUCAGUAUUAUAGCGCAGGCAUUCCACGUGCUGGAGUAACCUAACCAAACCCUGACGUCUUCUGCACGGGUAUAUCAUUAACCCACAGCCACAGUAUAAUAUAAUAGUAUAGCAAUGGCAGUCGACCAGACCAGCGCGAAGUAGCGCACGCUGUUACGUUGCAGCACGAUUGAGUGUUACGAAGAAUUUCGAAAUCUUCCGCGCAGACUUCCCAGGCAGGUAUUCAAAUAAUACGGAUUUCGUCGUAGAGACAAUAAGAGAAUUUUCGUAAAAAAGGUAAAAGCUCGUGAACAACACCGUAAAAUUUGGCCUUGGAUCCGCAACUCUCUCGCGAAAAGGCUCUCGGAAGCGGGAAAAAUGUCGUGCAUGUUAGGUAUGUGUCAUGAUAAUCAGCAGGGAGGAACGUAGAGGUGAAAUUAGGACAAAAGAGAAAGUUUUUAAACGUCAAUAAGCCACGAAUGCUGCGCUGGCCAACAUGUGAAGGAAUUCCUUUCGUGAAGUAGAAGCUCAUUCAGUUAACGGCCAGUCUGCCUUGCGGAUCGCCGAGAAAAUGUCUGUCAAUAAGUCGAUAUUAACAAUGUUCCGGCGGAGUAGUGCCUUGUGCAAUAGGUACAGCUUCGCCUGUGCUGAUAGUAGGCCAGUGAUGAUUUAUAGUUAUAAAAAUUAUGGCACCAAAGCAGCCACCAGUCAGAAGCCAGACUGGAACAGAGCUGUUUCUGAAGCUGAGAAGAUUGUUGGAUAUCCUACGUCCUUCCUGAGCCUUCGCUGGCUCCUCAGCGAUGAGAUUGCUAAUGUGGCCCUGCAUCUGCGCAAGCUUGUUGGAUCAAACCAUCCCCUUCUGAAGACUGCCAAGAGUUUGAUUUACAAUGGACGGAAUAAUAUGCAAGCCUGGGGACUUAUUGUUCUCUUGAUUUCCAAGGCUGCAGGCCACAUUAAUGUUGAUGAUAUGGAAGAGGAUAAAGCGGCAGGGGUUUUGCAUAGUCAAAGAGCAUUGGCAGAAGUUACUGAAAUGAUCCGUACUGGUCACUUAGUGCACAAAGGUUUGGUAAACAUGCAACCAGGUGUUUACCCUGAACCAGCUGAAAUGAACGAUAUGACUUUUGGCAAUAAAAUUGCUUUACUUAGCGGCGAUUACUUACUUGGAAAUAGUAGUGCAGAAUUAGCAGCUCUUAGAAAUCAAGAACUUGUAGAACUCAUGUCAAGUGCUAUUAGGGAUUUAGCAGAAGCGGAAUUCAUUGGUAGAAGAGAUAGUCAAAAUAAUCCACUCCCAUCUGUACCUCCUGCAGAUCGCACUGACUAUGCAGUCAAUGAGUGGACUUUACGCAAUGUACUGAGCGCUGGCGCACUUUUGGGCAAAUCUUGUAAAGGUACAUUGAAAUUAGGUGGUCACAGUAAAGAUAUUCAAGAACUCGGCUAUAACUUUGGAAAGCACUUAGCCCUGGCUUGGCAAGCCUGCCUUGAUCUUAGUCCAUUUAUUAAUAAAGACAGAAGUACUCCUUUUAGCUUGUGCAGUGCACCGAUAAUGUUCCACAUCGAGCAUGACCCCUCAAUUUUGAUAGAAAUUGACAAGGGUCUUGAAUCAGUUGCGAACGUAGAUUACGGCAAAGUUUUCGACAUUGUCGUCAGCGGACCUGGAAUUGAAUUGACGAAAAAGUUACAGCACGAACAUUCUCAGCGUGCAAUGGAAGUGCUUAAUGUCUUCGAAGAGAGUGACGCACGAACGGCAUUGUCUAACAUUAUCGCCGCAAUGGGAGAUUUUUAAAUAUGACAAUAAGUUAACACGCUUAUUGCUGGUAAGAUGACUUUGCCAAAAAUAUUUUUUUAAGAUCAAUUGCUUAAUCUGACAAUUGAAAAUAUUUUAUGACUAUUAUUAUUUUUGUAAGACAAAAAAAAUCAAAUUUUUUACAAAGACAGCUAAUGUAGCAUUAACAAUGUUAAGAGAUUAUUAGAUUAAUACUUGAAUCUAUUUAUAACAUAUUUAUUAAUGAAAAUGCUGUUAAAGAUUUUUAUACAUUUUUAACGAAAAAUGUAAAUACUUGUUGAGAUAUGUUAUUCAUUGCAAGCUGUAUUAAUUUUGUUUGUACAAUAUUGUUUUUGUACAUGUUAAGAAUAUAUGAAGUUUGAAAAAUAUAUGUAUUUUUUAAUUUUUUAA